GGGCAGCAGGCCUGGCGACUAAACAGGCACUAGGCUAGGCUUGGGGAGAAGGUGACCUUCUGGUCCUUCCUGGGAGUCUGAAAUGCGCUGAUGAAGAGCGCGAGACCACCUUUCUACCUGUUUAAAUUGCUCUGCUUCCCACCACGCAGAGUUUAAUGAAGCUGUUUUACUGAGGCCCUUGCUGUUGGGAAGGGCUGAGUCUCCUGGAACAGUGAUGGGGGCAGGGGGAGAGGCAGGGGUGAGGAGGAAGGGCGUGGCGGUGAAAUGGUGAGCACAGAUGGGAAUUUUGGCCGUGGCUUCAAUGGAACAAGUUUCCUGGAGACUCUUCUGCAAAGCAGGGAAUAAGGCGGUGUUCCUCAGUCACAGCCAGGCAGGAGCUGGGAAGGCUCAAAGGCAGGCAGCGCUUUGGGGAAAAACAGGAGAGAUCAAACCUGCCCCACAGCAUCAACCUGAGCCAUAGCAGUGACAGCUCUGGAUCCUUAAUUGCUAGGCUUCCAGGGAACUCCAGUACUGCACCAUUUUAUAUAAGCAACUGGAGCAUCUGUGGGUCUUGGUGUCUGUGGAAGCUCCCGGAACUUCCUGUGGAUGCUGAGGAAGCACUGUAUACAUACUCAUGUCAUCCCUUUGGCCCCUCAAAGAGCCUGUGGAGCCCAGGCCUUUUGGAGCAUCUUUGGGGCUGACGCAGCGGAGGUUCCGGGCACACGCAGCCACUCCCGCCAGGAGGCUGCCAUGCCCCACAUUCCCGAGGACGAGGAGCCCCCCGGAGAGCCACAGGCAGCCCAGAGCCCCGCCAGCCAAAUCAUCUGCGCCAGCAUCCUUCUGCUCCCUGGUCAGGGGUCCACUCCCUGACCACCCCCUCACCCCGAUCUCCAUUAUCCACAAAGCCACUAAUAACAGCCAACCUCGUGCUGCCAGGUACUAUUCUAUCAACACUUCCAAGCCACCUUAUGAGGGCUCUCCCACCGCAGGAAUAUCUUGCAGUCCACCUACCAUCAUCCUGACUGGGGAUGCCAGUUCACCAGAAGGAGAGACCGACAAAAACCUGGUCAACAGAGCCCACAGUCCCCACAGGAGGCUUUCUCACCGACACUUGAAAGUUUCCACUGCUUCACUGACUUCUGUGGACCCUGCAGGGCACGUCAUUGACCUAGUAAAUGAUCAGCUGCCAGACAUCAGCAUCUCAGAGGAGGACAAGAAGAAAAACCUGGCGCUGCUGGAGGAAGCCAAGUCGGUGAGUGAGCGGUUCCUGACCCGCCGUGGAAGGAAGUCCAGGAGCAGCCCUGGAGACUCCCCAUCAGCUGUUUCCUCCAACCUUGGCCCCGGAGUGUCUUCCGCCUCCUCUCAGAGCAACUCACUGACUGUCCCCACAACGCCUGGUUUGGAUGCAUGCGGUGGCCCACAGUCCCCUCUGCCCGGAGCAUCACCACAGAAGGGGGAUGAGGCCGAAGUCUCUUCACCUCACCUUGGCGAGCCUAAUGUCCUCAAAGGGCUAGCUGACUGGAAGCAGAAUGACCAGAGGAAAGUGUCUCAAGGCAGGCUGACCCCUUGCUCUCCCACAGUUGAGAAGUCCAAAGAGCUUGCAAUAGAACAAAAGGAAAACUUCGAUCCCCUCCAGCGCCCUGAGGCCAUACCCAAGGGCCCGACUUCUGGCACAGGCAGUGGUGGGAAAAUGGCCCUGAACAGUCCCCAGCCUGGCCCUGCUGAGAGUGAGCUGGGGAAGCCGCUUCCGAAGACAGCCAAGGAAGGCAGCCCUCUGCCCAGAAGUCCAGCCCAGGGCUCUGGAGGGCCAGCUCCCCAGGCCCCCCAGGGAAAAAGUACAGUUGGAGAGCCCACAGGGUCCAAGGUUGGCUCCAAAGCUGAGCUGUGGCCCCCAGUGUCCCGGCCACCCCUGCUUCGGGGAGUCUCCUGGGACAGCGGCCCCGAAGAACCCGGCCCCCGGCUGCAGAAAGUGCUUGCCAAGCUGCCGCUGGCAGAGGAAGAGAAGCGUUUUUCAGGCAAAGCUGGCAGCAAGCUGGCCAAGGCGCCUGGACUCAAAGACUUUCAGAUACAAGUGCAGCCUGUGAGGAUGCAGAAGCUCACCAAACUCCGUGAGGAACAUAUCCUGUUAAGAAACCAGAACUUAGUGGGGCUCAAGCUUCCAGACCUCAGUGAAGCGGCUGAGCAGGAAAAAGGGCCCUCUUCUGUACUCUCCCCAGCUAUUGAGGAAGAAGAGUCCAAGUGUGGUUUGGAUGUCAUGCCCAAUAUUUCUGAUGUGCUGCUUCGCAAACUUCGGGUCCACAAGUCUCUCCCUGGAAGCGCCCCUCCACUCACUGAAAAGGAAGUUGAGAACGUGUUUGUACAACUGUCCUUGGCCUUUAGAAAUGACAGCUACACCCUGGAAUCUAGAAUUCACCAGGCAGAAAGGGAACGCAACCUGACAGAGGAGAACACAGAGAAGGAACUGGAAAACUUCAAAGCUUCCAUUACGUCCUCAGCUUCACUCUGGCACCACUGUGAGCACCGGGAGACCUACCAGAAGCUGCUGGAGGACAUCGCAGUCCUGCACCGUCUGGCUGCCCGCCUCUCGAGCCGAGCUGAGAUGGUAGGGGCUGUCCGCCAGGAAAAGCGCAUGUCCAAAGCAACAGAAGUGAUGAUGCAGUAUGUGGAGAACCUAAAGAGGACGUAUGAAAAGGACCACGCAGAGCUCAUGGAGUUUAAAAAACUUGCCAAUCAGAAUUCAAGCCGCAGCUGUGGCCCCUCUGAAGAUGGGGUCCCUCGCACAUCAAGAUCCAUGUCCCUCACUCUGGGAAAGAAUAUGCCUCGCCGAAGGGUCAGCGUUGCUGUGGUUCCCAAGUUUAAUAUCUUGAACCUGCCUGGCCAAUCACCCAGCUCAUCCCCCACCCCCUCCUUACCAACCCUGGCAGAAUCGCCCAAUGGGAAAGGCAACCCACCUGUCACCUCAGCACUGCCUGCACUUUUGGAAAAUGGAAAGACGAACGGGGACCCAGAUGGUGAAGUUUCUGCUCCCGUGCCGCCUCCAAGCUGCCUGGAGGGGAUUAGCCAGGAGACCAAGGCCAGGAUGGAGGAAGAAGCCUACAACAAGGGGUACCAGGAAGUUCUAAAGAAGACCAAGGAGCUUCAAGACUUGACAGAGGAGGAAGAAGAACAGAAGAGUGAGAGUCCUGAGGAACCUGAAGAGGCAGAAGAGACUGGGGAAGAGGAAAAGGAGCAGAGAAGCAGCAAACUUGAAGACUUGGUUCACUUCUUACAAGUCUUAUAUCCCAAGCUGUGUCAGCACUGGCAAGUCUUCUGGAUGAUGGCCGCAGCCAUGCUGGUCCUGACUGUUGUGCUGGGGCUCUAUGGUUCCUAUAGCUCUUGUGUGGAGCAGGCCGAUGGGCCCCUUGGAAAAUCCACUUGCUCAGCAGACCAACGGGACUCCUGGUGGAGCUCAGGACUCCAGCAUGAGCAGCCUAUGGAGCAGUAGGAAAUCGGACACCCAGCCAGCACCCUGCUCCAGCCCACAGCCUACCGCCCUUUCCCCAAGCAUGACAUGUCAGGCCCCAGGGUGGGUGCGCCACUGCUGCCAUCAGGGAACAAGCAGGGGUUCUUUAACCCCCGGCACCCCUGCGAGCUCUUCACACACAGCAACUGAUGUUCUUGGAGGAUCAGCAAAAAGCAUCAGUGGACAAAGAAGUGGCCUUCAGCAGUGAACUCCAGCAGAAGGAGAGGUUGCCUGCACCUGCCUAGUCCAGACAGCUGAGGAGAAACAAAACCCCUUCCUUAUGGGGACAGUGCAAAGCCCACUCUCCCCCUUUCCACUCUCCCUGAUUAGAAAUGAGGAAGGAUUGUGCCUAAAGGCUAACUCUGACCCCAAGGAUCACACCUGGAAUUUGGAGUCGAAGCAUGAAUAUCUUCCCAUUUCCCAUCUCAUUCUUCCUGACUCUCCUUCAGCCAUUCCCUUCUCCGCUUUGGAAUCAGAGCUUCUCUUCACAGAAGUUGAAAAGCUUUCUCGGAAAAACAUUCCCUAGGCCGAUUUUUGCUCAGUGCUUGAAGUGAAAUGGGAAGGUGUAAAUUACCGUAUAUAUGCCUCUAGUUGCACACUACACACACAGCACCCACGUGCAUGAAGCCGACUACCCUCCAAACGUGUGCUCUGGGUGUGUGUUCAAGAUAAAGCCAACCCAUAGAUUGUCACUAGGCGUGGGUCACCAAACACCUCAAUGAACUCUCACAUGGUCUUAAGAUAUUUGAGAAACACUGAAAAUUCAUGGCUUCCACAGUAAACUUUUGCUGGUCUUCAUUUCCAGUGCUAAUUCUCAGCUGCUGUCUAGGCCCUCUUUGUGCUCUCCAGGGAAGGAGGAGACACAAUGUGCUUUCAGCUUUGCCGUGCCUCCAUGCAGGUGUGCAGCUGCUGUGCAGUGCUCCAGUUCCAAUGGGACUCCUAGCAUCCCAUCGUUUAACAGAGAACUGAGAGCACAUCCCACCUCUGAUCAGACCCCUUGCUCCACCUUUACAGCUGCUGCCUUCCUUCUUGUCUCAUCAGUUCUUGGGGGCUGGGGAGGGGGUGUUGGUUUCUGUGUGGGUGUUAUGGUGGUGGCUUUGCCUCUGUUUUUGUUUGGCUGUUGGCAUUUUGUCUCUGUUGCUGACACUCACAGGACUUAAACUAUGAGCCCAACACAGUUCUGGGUCUUAUAUAGGAAUUCAUUCAUUGAGUCCUCAAGAAACAAGAAAAAAAGAUGCCUCCUCCCAUUUGCAGAUAAGGAAAACGAAGUGCCAAAAAUGCAAGUGAUUUGCCAAGGAACCCAGUUAGUAAAUCAUGGGACUGGAUGUCCAGCCCAGCUAGGCUGACCAGGAGCUGGACUCUCAACCCCUGCCCUAAACUGCCACUUCAAAAAGCCUCCUAACUGGGACGUGUCAUAUUCCAGUCCCACUCCUCUGAGUGGCCCUUCAGCCACUCAGAGUCAUUUCUGGUUCCCAGACUCAGUUGUUUUCUCUCACUAGUUUUUCUUCCGCCACUCUCUUUUCUUCUGAUCACUCUUCAGGACCAAGUGCAAAAAUCAUCCCCUCCAUACAGCUUUAGGGGCCUUCCUCAAACUCCCCCCAUACCCUACACCCUGCUCUGUGCUUUCUGGCACUUUUUAGACAUUUUUAAAAGUGUUUUCAUUACUACUCUCAAUGACAGUUACUACAGUGUAUCAUAAUAACUUAUUGAUGUAUCUGUCCGUCUCCCCUAGCAUUUUUCCUCAAAGACAAGAACCAUAUCUUACCCAUUCUCUGGGUAAGUGCCUAGCAUGAUGGCUGAUGCUUGGGAGGGCAUCAUUAAAUGUUGAUCAAAAGAGCAAAUGAGGAGUUCCUGUCGUGGCUCAGUGGUUAACGAACCCACUAGUAUCCAUGAGGACACAGGUUUGACCCCUGGCCUCGCUCAGUGGGUUAAGGGUCCAACGUUGCCGUGAGCUGUGGUGUAGGUCACAGACAAGGCUCAGAUCCUGCAUUGCGGUGGCUGUGGUGUAGGCUGGUGGCUACAGCUCUAAUUAGACUUCUAGCCUGGUAACAUCCAUGUGCCACAGGUGUGGCCCUAAAAAGCCAAAAAAAAAAAAAAAAAAAAAAAGAAAAGAAAAGAAAAAAGAGCAAGUGAACAUUUAAGGUGGUGGAAAGCAGUCUGGAAACAGCUGACGAAUUUGCAUACGUCCCCAUAUCGGUACCACCACCACCAUCUCAAUGAGAAAAAUAACAUCUUUUUCAGCUUCAGCUUACUCUUAAUAUUUUUCAGUCUACUCUGUGACCCAACACUGCAUCCAAGCUCAAGGGAUGGGCUUGAUGCAAUCACUCCUUUCAGAAAGCCCCACCUAGAUCAAGCCCCAAUGUAAAAGAGCACGUUGUUUUAAGGGGAGCAUCCUUCCCAGUGGCUAGAAAACCACUGUUGAGAGAAGUCCCAGUUAGGGUUGACCAAGGAUGUGCCACUAAGGUAAAGAGGAGCAGAUCAAGGCAGAUGGACAUUGGCUGCAUGCAUGGAUGGUUUGCUCUGCCUCUUCCAGGAGGACCAGACACACUGAAGGAGCUUUAGGCUCUUGCAGCCAAAGACAGGAUGCACCUGGAGGUCCAGAGAGGGAGGCUGUAGGAGACAACUCUAGGUUGGAAGUCUCCAACCUCAGCCUCCCUCGAAGAAGGGCGAGGCUGAGCUGACCCAUUGCCCACUUGGCCAUAGGGGUCCCAUCUUUGUUUCCAGUUGAGACAAAGGCCAGGAGAGGGGCUGCAAUGAGCUCUUGAAGCUCCAGUUUCUCCAGUGAGAAAGUCCUGCACGAAAGCUUCUAAGACCAGGCCCUUAGCCAAACUACUCUGUGAGUAAGGGAGGUUGAAGACCAGAAGGUGCCGAAGACCAACCACAUUUCCAAGGGCAUUCCUGAAAAAAGGGGAUUUUUUUUUUUUUUUUUUUUUGUAUUUCUUUGCUGGAAGCAAAGAUGGACCUGAAGCGAUUGGUACUAUUGCCAAAAUGUCAGCGAAAUGGAGAGAAACAGGCCCUGUAUUCCCAACAGUGAUAUCGAUCAGAAAUAAAAGUUCCCUUCAAAAACGCCUCUGAAGUCUGACAUUUCUCCUUGGCCCUAGGCCUCUGUCGUUGGUGUCAUUGUUGAUGUCACCUCCUAAAAGGACCUUUACUUUCUGGCUGCCACAGAUGUGUUGAAUGCCAUAGAUGUGUCACUCCCCACGUACAGUCUGGCCGAGUCAAUGGAGAGGGAGAUGCUGGAUUUGUGUAUCACUGGCUGUCAGUUCCUAAUGGUGUUAAACCUCACACAGGUGUGCUAGCCUUGAACUAUAGCGUGUCACAUACCUGAGUUUGAAAAUAAAAGCACGUUUCCAAACCUC